GGAUAUGGACAUGAAAAGCUUCAGGAUUUGUCCAAAAGUGCUCAGAGGCGAGCUCUCAUCGCUAACGCGCUCGUCAAAGACCCAGUGUUGUUAGUCGUCGAUGAUCUCUGUGACAGCUUGGAGCCGAUCUCUUGUUAUCAAUUGAUGUAUUGUUUACAAAAUUAUGCAACUGAACACAACCGUAUUGUGCUUGUAUCUAUCGGCAACCCUCGGUCUGAUCUCUGUCAAUUGAUUUCUAGUGUUACUAUCUUGUUUCACGGAGCAGUACUUUAUUCAGGACGUGUAAAAAAUCUAAAAACUUAUUUUCGCGACAUUGCUUUUCCAUGUCCAGAAAACGAGAAUCCAACUAUGUACUAUCUAUCGCUGCCACUAAGCUACGAGACAAAGAAUGCUCAUGAACGGACAAAUGCUCAAGCGUGUCGUUUAGUUGAGACGUUCAAGGCGCUCAUUUCUGACCAUAUCGUCAUGCCAAUGCUCCCUUCUUCUCAGGAUCGCAUCAAUGCCAACUUUGAUGUUAUUUAUGGCCAUAUUCAG